AUGAUGUGGUUCUUGUUAGGGAUGUUGUUCUUCUGCAUGGUAGCCGCUUCAGAUGCUCAAUUGUCUGAGAAUUUCUACGCCUCGAAAUGCCCUAACUUGGAGCUCAUCGUUCGCAAGGCUGUUACAACAAAGUACCAACAAACACCCACCACGGCUCCAGCAACGUUACGCAUGUUCUUUCACGACUGUUUCGUUGGUGGAUGUGAUGCUUCUAUGUUAAUAGCAUCUGAAAAUGGAGACGCGGAGAAAGAUGCUCCUGACAAUAUCUCACUCGCUGGAGACGGAUUCGACACAGUGAUUAAGGCUAAACUCGCUGUCGAAGCUAAAUGUCCUGGUCUUGUUUCAUGUGCUGAUGUUCUCGCUCUUGCAGCCAGAGACGUUGUUGUUCUCGCUGGUGGACCACGGUUUAAAGUGGAGCUAGGAAGACGAGACGGUCUCGUGUCAAAAGCCUCUGGUGUAGACGGGAAGUUACCUGGACCAGACCUAGACGUAACCGGUUUAGUCAAUCUAUUCGCUAGAAACGGUCUUUCAUUAACCGAUAUGAUUGCUCUCUCAGGCGCACACACAAUAGGAUUCUCUCACUGCAACCGUUUUGCUCACCGUCUAUACAACUUCUCAUCCCUCAUGCCGUUAGACCCGACUCUAGAUCCAUCCUACGCGCAAGAGCUGAUAAAGUCCUGCCCUAGAGUCGGGUCGGAUCCCCGCAGCGUCUCGAAUCUUGAUAUUAUCUCCCCAGAUGUUUUCGACAACGCCUACUUUCAGAACCUCGUAGCUAGAAAAGGACUCUUCACCUCCGACCAAGUUCUGUUUAACGACUUGAGGUCUAAGUCAACGGUGGUCAAGUUUGCAAACAAUGCUGAAGAAUUUAACAAAGCUUUCACUUCAGCUAUGAGGAAACUCGGCCGCGUUGGUGUUAAAGUUGGUAAACAAGGAGAGAUUCGAAAAGACUGCUCUGCGUUUAACUAAACUU